CUUUUUUUUAUUUUUAAGUGUAAUUGUAUAAGUGUCCAGUGUCACAAACAGCAGGAUAAGAUCACGUUUAAACGUCGUAUUGAAGCUCUGCACACUGACAUUGGAGCGAGGAGGAGUUUGAGUUUGCAGAGGAAAUGUGAGGAGAGGACCUGCACAAACAACUCCAACACACACUGAGCAGAGAAUCUGUCCUGAUGAGAAGAUGAGAGCGCAAAGAAAGAAGCCAGAAGCGCAGGGCUCUCUGGAAACCUGCCAUGUGACAUUUGGCUGCCAGCGCUCCGUCAGAAGGUCAAAGGGGCCCCGGUGCACGUUUCAUGGAAAUGCAGAAAAGCAACGCUGCGCACAACAUCCAGCACCACCAGCACCACGACUUCUUCGGCGAGUCUGUGCAUGAUGUCAGCGGCUUUCUUCAUCAACAACAACAUUAUCAUCAUCAUAACCAUGAAGCAGCCGCAGAACAGCAACUGGCGCAAGUGGAGACGUUAGAGCGCACGUGUCAACGGAGGUCAAAACAGCAAAACCCCAAGUUCUCCAUGAGCAAAAAGAUUUUCCCCUGGAUGAAAGAGUGCAGACACUCACAUCAGAAACACGACAGGAGAGUCUCAGACAUCACCGUCAAUGAGAAGUGUCCAAGCGCGACCCCGGCCUCCAAUAAGAGGACGCGCACCGCGUACACGAGUGCGCAACUAGUGGAGCUGGAGAAGGAGUUCCACUUCAGCCGCUACCUGUGCAGGCCGCGGCGGGUGGAGAUGGCCAGCCUGCUCAACCUGCACGAGAGGCAGAUCAAGAUCUGGUUUCAGAACCGGAGGAUGAAGCAGAAGAAGGACGAGAGAGUUCAGGGCCUCACCACCAUCAACACCACCACCACCUCCUCCUCCUCGCCCCCGUCUUCCCCCUCCGCCCCGGGCAGCCCCACUCUGUCGAGCCUGGGUUAUGUCCAUCUGGGCGGGGAUUACCAGCCGGCCUCUCCUCCGCUCAAGUCCCAACAACAUCCGUCACAGCCGUCGUACGCGGCAGAAUACUCCAAAUAUCCAGCUGCAGGCUUCACGCACGGCCCGCAGUUCGACGUGCACUACAACGCGCACAGCACCGCGCACACAGCAAACACAAAUGUGGAUGUGAACGGGUCAUAUUUCUCACAGAGCUGCGCUCCUCAGGACAGAAUCAUGCAAGCUCCAAAACUGACUCAUCUGUAGCAGACAAGAUGUUGAUUUAACGAAUUCCUCGAAUCUCCACGAUAAACUUUAAUUUAUGGACAAGAUCUGUCUCAAUGCAUGAAUUUUUAUUAUUUAUUUAUUGAACUAAUAAUCUAAACAUUAGUCUCAAGUCAUAUUCCUUUGUAUUUAUACAUAUUUAUUCUUAUUGGGCAUUUUAUCCACUGUUGUGUUAACUUUUACGCAUGCGCCUCAACCAGAAAUGCUAUAAUCCAGCCCUGUGUGGCUUAAAUUAAAAUGUUCAUGUUGUUAUUUAGGCAACAUAAAUAAAAAGCAGUUUACUGAGA